UAAAAAAUAAAAAGAGUUUUUACCACGCGCUUUUGUUUCAAGACGCACACGCUCCAAGCAACUGAAAGCCUGCGAUCUCACCGAGGUGGUUGCAGAGGCGCUCAUCUAGUAGCUAUCUCCCAUUAGGCUUUCCACAGCUUCCAUAUACCCCCACUACACCCGAUUCCACCUCUCACUGUCCGAGAAUCUUCUUUGGCCUCACCAGUCACCACCAUGGGCAACACAUCGUCAAUGCUCACGCAGUACGACAUCGAAGAGGUCCAGGAGCACUGCAACCGCGCGUUCUCGCAGCAGGAGAUAGUGUCUCUGUACCAGAGGUUCUGUCAGCUCGAUCGCAAUGGCGGUGGUUUCAUCUCCGCCGAGGAGUUCUUGUCCGUUCCCGAAUUCGCCGUUAACCCUCUCUCUCAGAGAUUGUUGAGGAUGUUGGAUGGGUUAAACUUCAAGGAAUUUGUGGCAUUCUUGUCCGCAUUCAGUCCUCGAGCCACCUUGCAACAGAAAAUUGAAUUUAUUUUUAAGGUUUAUGAUUCGCAUGGCAAUGGAAGAGUUGCGAUGAAUGACAUGCUGGAAGUUUUGCGGGAUUUGACGGGACAAUAUAUAUCUGAACAACAGAGGGAGCAAGUUCUGAAUCAAGUCCUUGAGGAAGCCGGCUACACAAAGGAUUCUUUGUUAGUUUUGUCCGACUUCAUGAAGGUUCUUGGCAAUUCUGGUUUGAAGAUGGAGGUAGAGGUUCCCGUGGAUUAAAACAAGUGACAAAAAGGUUAUUAAACAAUAAUAUAUGCAUAAUUUGCUCUCCGUUAGUCAUUCCAUAGGCAUUUCUUAGUGUUCGUAUUCGGACCAUCUGCUAAUAGAUCCAUGGGCAAGGUGAUGUUACUAAUGUAUCUAGUUAGCAAACUGUGAACAUUUGAAGUAUAUGUACCAUUUUCCC